AUGGAUCCGAAUGGUGUAACGUUAACCUGCGCCGUCACCAUUGAAUGGACAAACCAGCAGGGUACGACGACUCGCAAACUGGCCCACAAGCAAGCCACGCUACGAUUGAUACGGAACUCGACGAAGCAGAUGUUGCUGGACAUUACGACAGACAAGGCGUCGCUUGCCAAGCUGAUGUUACGUGGCGUAAAAGUGCAUUCCAAGUUUAUGGCCGAGGGCAAGGCCAGUAUAAAGUUCAACGACGAAAAGUGCACCCUCUUCUUGUCGAACGCUCCGCCCGGUUUACUGGUACAGUUCCUGAAGGUGAUCUUCGUGAAACUGACCAAUGGUGCUGAGAAGCCCGGGAGCCAACCGAAGACCCCCGACAACAAGACAGAUCUGCUGAAGAAGAGUCGCGUCCAGAUGCUUGCAGGAAUCGCUCCCAAUCAUGAGUGUGACGACAUCAGUCCGAUCACGGCGGUGGAAAUGCAUCGAGCGAAGAAGCUCGCGUUGGGCGGUGGUUCCCUCACGACGCCAUCGCCUUCGCAGAAAAGAAAACGCCCUUCCGGUGGUGACGCGGCUUCGGGCGACCUUCGCCCUGCGGCAAAGAAGCUGUAUGACCCGUUGCAGGGUACAGAUGGCGAACAGAGGCUGAACGAACAGCAGAAACGUGUCCUGGACGCGUGCCAAUCGGGACGGAGUAUCUUUUUCACCGGAUCGGCAGGGACGGGAAAGAGCUUCUUAUUGCGUAAAAUCAUCGCAACCCUACCACCGGAGGGAACCGUGGCAACGGCUUCGACCGGUGUGGCCGCCUGUCUGAUCGGGGGCACCACGUUGCAUUCGUUCGCCGGCAUCGGCAGCGGAGAGGCCACGCUACAGAACUGCUACGAAAAGGCUUUGCGCAGCAACACGGCUCAGAUAUGGCGCAAAUGCAAAAGACUGAUUAUUGACGAAAUUUCUAUGGUUGAAGCAGACUAUUUUGAGAAAAUUGAGGCCGUCGCACGCUACAUUCGUAAGAACGAUAAACCGUUCGGGGGCAUUCAACUGAUUUUGUGCGGUGACUUCUUCCAGCUACCACCGGUAAGCCGGCUGGAUCGUUUCGCCGAUGGUGCCGGGCCGUACUCACAGGACAGCAAUGCCGGGGCUCGCUUUUGCUUCGAAUCGCCCGUCUGGGCCGACUGCAUCCAGGCGACUUACGAGUUGACGAUCGUGCACCGCCAGAAGGACCAAGAGUUUGUGGCUAUUUUAAAUAGCAUUCGCAUUGGGCGUGUGACGGACGAGAUUAGUGAGCGGCUGCGCCAAACGUCCUACCAGCGCAUCGAAACGGAGGGUAUUCUGGCGACGCAACUUUGCUCGCAUACGGCCGAGGUGGACGCAAUUAAUCAGGCCAAAUUGGACGGUUUGUCGGGCGAUCCGAAAACGUUCGAAGCGAAGGACAGUGAUCCGUACAGUGCAAAACAAAUCGAUCGGAUGGUUCAGGCACCGUUCAAGCUUACCCUCAAGAUUGGGGCCCAGGUGAUGCUGCUAAAAAACUACAAUAUUGCCGAUGGCUUCGUGAACGGGGCACGGGGAGUAGUGACAGACUUUGUGCAGGGACUUCCGUUGGUGAAAUUUAAACGGCGCGAGCUGCUGGUACGCAGCGAGAAGUGGUCAAUGAAAACGGCCGCUGGCAUGGUGCUGACUCGGACGCAGCUCCCGCUGAAGUUGGCAUGGGCCUUUUCGAUCCACAAAUCGCAGGGCCUAACACUGGACUGUGUGGAACUAUCGCUGGCGAAGGUCUUCGAAGCGGGCCAAGCUUACGUGGCACUGAGCCGCGCCCAGAGUCUCGACAGCAUCCGCGUGCUGGACUUUGAUCUUAGACAGGUGUGGGCGAACACAAAGGUGCUAGAGUAUUACCGGAAGCUGCGAAAGCGUUUGGCCGAUGAAAACCUUAUGAUGCCGGUGGCGGUGAAAGCGAAACCUGGCCAGAAAGCGAACACGGCCCAAGGGCUGAAGAAAUCCCUGUCGGCGAUGGGCCUAUCGAAAGCGGCCAUGAGCAAACCGCUCAUGACAAUCAAGUGA